GGCUUCGUUGCUUUGCAGGAGGUGUAGAGAUUGAACGCUUCGUUUCUUCGGCUCCUUACCUUCGUGGUUGUUCGACUACGCUCCUUCGACGACUAUCCCUACCUGUCGGAUCGGAAGCAACAACGGGAGCUUGCUGGAUUUGAAGUUCAAACAUGGCAGCCAAAUAUAUCAUUGGAGCCUUGGCUGGGUCCUUUGCCCUUGCCUAUAUCUUUGAUAAAUCAAUAGCGGACUACAAGAUUUUUGGAGGUACUACUCCAAAGACUGUAUCUGACAAGGAAUGGUGGGAAGCAACUGACAAGAAGUUCCAGGCCUGGCCUCGCACCGCCGGUCCACCGGUGGUGAUGAACCCAAUCAGUCGCCAGAAUUUCAUUGUCAAGUCUUCUGACUCUUGAAGCGUGAGCGACUCAUUUCAUGUUCUAGGCCUGUGAAAUGCUAUUAUUUUGCAUCUAAUAAAUCGCAGAAUGGUUUGAAGAACCUCUCAGUUUUAUAACUUUCACCGAACUCUUAAUGUUCUGAGGGAGAAAUUUAGCAUUAUCUUUCAAGUUGAUAUGAUAAUUUGCUGCUUUCUGUUAUGCGCCUUUGGAUGAAAUAUAACUCUAUGUUGAUGUUUGUUGAAUCUAAUAAAAUCAUCUGUAUUUUUUGACUGAUAA